AUCCAACUCUCUAGUCUAGACCUGCAUCUGAGGCCACACCCCAACCUACUCACUCCCCUCACCCCUUUCCUCUCACUGCAACUUCCUGGGCUCUUCUCAUCUGGUCCUACCCCUGAGGAGUCUUCCUCCCUACUAGGCUCUUCUGGAACACGAAGACUAUUCUCCUCCACCCCACAGUGAAGGGAGGGAUAGGACUUUCAGCCCCACCCUCAGCAUGAUGUGUCUUCCCCCUCCUCUGCUUCUUGGUACUUCCUCUCUGGCAGACUUAGCUGACAGCAACCAGACCGGGGGCUGGGGACCCUGGAACAGGGGCAGGUCUGGGAAUAGGCUACGCCACUCUGCCCCAGCCUUGAGAUUGGCAACAGCUUCCCACCGGUACCCGGCAAAGCCUGGAAGUCCUCGCAGUGGCCACGGACCCUACAUCUUGGGCAGUACCUCCUCACUAGGGGUCAUGUUCAUCGUUCCGUUGACUAUCAUCCUACUGUCAGUGGCGCUGGCUGUGGGGCUUCCAGGCAACAGCUUUGUGGUGUGGAGCAUCCUGGUAAAGAUGCGGAAGCGCUCUGUCACUGCCUUGUUGGUGCUGAACCUGGCCUUGGCAGACUUGGCUGUAUUGCUUACUGCCCCCUUUUUCCUCUACUCUGUGGCCCAGGGCGCAUGGGGUUUUGGACUGUUUGGCUGCCGCCUGUUUCACUAUACCUGCGGAGUCAGCAUGUACGCCAGCGUCCUGCUGAUCACGGCCAUGAGUCUGGACCGCUCGCUGGCAGUCGCCCUCCCCUUCGUGUCCCAGAAGGUUCGUACCAAGGCCGUUGCCUGGUGGGUGCUAGCAAGCAUCUGGGUGAUGUCCUUUCUGCUGGCCAUACCUGUCAUUAUGUACCGCAACGUGAGCUUGAGACAGGACAACCAGACCCGCUGCUUCCCAACGUACUCCAGCGAGCGAGCCAAGGCAUUCCAUCUGCUCUUCGAGGCCCUCACUGGCUUCCUGCUGCCCUUCCUGGUGGUGGUGGCCAGCUACUCGGACAUUAGGCGCCGGCUGCAGGCCCGGCGCUUCCGCCGCAGCCGCCGCACGGGCCGCCUGGUGGUGCUCAUCAUCCUGGCCUUCGUCGCCUUCUGGCUGCCCUACCACCUGGUGAACCUAGUCGACGCGGGCCGGGUGCUGGCCGGCAGGGGCGCGGCGCCCGUGGGAGACCCACUGUUCCUGGCGCGCCACGUGUUCAUCGCGCUGGCUUUCCUGAGCAGUAGCGUGAACCCGGUGCUGUAUGCGUGCGCCGGCGGCGGACUUCUGCGCUCGGCCGGCGUGGGCUUCAUCGCCAAGCUGUUGGAGGGCACCGGCUCUGAGGCGUCCAGCACCCGCCGCAGGGGCACCCUGGGCCAGACGGUGAGGGGCGCCCCCGCCCCUUCCGAGGCUGGCCCCUCUGGGAGCCUCGCCGACUCCAUCGACGCUCUCCAGUGAAGCGAACUGAGCUAGCCCUGGGGGUUGCUGGUGGUGGUGGCGCUGCUGCUGGUAGAAGGACGCUGGCGGUCCUCGCGGCAGAAUGUUCCCCACAUUGGCCUGACCCAGUUUACCUCGAGGAG